AUGGCGGUUCCCUUCCCCAUCGCCAUCGACGAUGAUGGUACCGGUGCCAUCUACGAUGACGGUACCAGCGCCUGCGAGAAGGAUGAUAACAAGGAGAAUGGCAUGGUGAGCGACCAGGGCAAGGGCAAGGGCACCAAGACAGCCAGCGAGCCACCACCGACCGCAAAUCACAACAAGAACAAGAGGAGCAGAACGCCGCUGGCAGAGCUGCUGCCAAGUCAAGGCAACGUAAAGCAUCCGAGUCCGCGCCCGGGUAAGAGGCCAUGUCGACAGGAUCUGGCCCGACAACCCAAGCCGAGCACCACCAGCACAAGGCGGUUGUGGGCGCCGCCACAGCCUGGCUCACUCAACAGCAUCAUCCGGCAGCAUCCCCGCACCCGCCUCCUUGUGUCGCCGGACUUCUGGACUGCCCUUCACCUUGAACUCCUGGGUGUCACCAUUGUUGACGCCUCAAGCCCGCAGUGGUAUGGCCAGCUACUCCCCUUUACCUUUGGCGAGAAAGUCUGCUGGCUCCCCAUAUGGCAUCGUCUCAGGCGCAGCGGUGCUUCUCCCUCGUCGCAUGCAGCGCCAUCGAUCUCAGUUGCCAUCCUCGACCUCCUCUAUAUCUCCACCCGUGCCACUGCCAUGUCCAAAUCCAACAGGAUUAAGAAGACACUCAUGUACCUGCCACGCGGAACAUACUUUCAGCCCCCGCCGCCGCCCCGCCCUCAGCGUGAGCCCUAUGUCUUGGCUGCCCUUGUCGCCCAGGCCAUCGGUCUGCUCGGCCAGGAGGGCAAGGAUAAGGGUAAGACAGGCGUGGAUCUGAACGACGACUCCUCAUCUGUUCUAGCCCAUGUCUUUGAUGUCGGACGCGACAAUAAGACUCCUGGAGUUGUCGUCUACUCAGCCAACAUAUCCUACGCCUGGGCCGCCCGCUUCACCCACCCAUCAGUCUACUUUCCCCGAGGGGAUGCCCCGCUCGAGAUACGGAGGACCUGGCUGCCUACCGACGUGGACCGCAAUGUGUUUAUGUCGCGUCUGCAUGGGGUUAUUUUUGGUCGAGGAUGA